CCAACUAAAGAGAAAGAAAGCUCUCUCUUAUGAUGGACGAAAGGCAGGGCGAGGGAGGAUCCUGUGGUUUGGUGGUUUGUGGAUUGUGGAGUGCUAGUGGUGCUAGUUGCUUCCGAGCAAUCUUGGCGACUCUUUCGCGUCAGUUCAACUUUCACAGCUUUGCGGGUUUACUAGUAGAGUCUCCCCCCAAGCAACCACACACACCCAGCACAAUAUUAGCGGUACUGAAGCACCCAACGACGGCUAGCUAGUCUAGCUAGCAUGAUCCCAACCCACCUGGCACUAAGACCUGCAGCAAUAAUGAUCUCAACGAAAAUCACUAAAUCACCAAGGAAUUGUAAAACUAUCCAACCAGCAACAUAAGAUUGUAUGGACAAUAGCCUUGCACAGAAGAGCAAUAUCAUUGACACCUCCGUACUUGUCCAUGGAGACGAAGGAAGAAACCUAAAUGCACUUUAUGUACAAAGCUUUGCAUCCAGAUCUAUUAUCUGGAAAGCACCGCAGAUUGCAAGAGACCCUCAUCAUGGCAUGAACAUGUUGGGUAUUGGUACCUCGUAUGAUUGCGUAAGGAUAUUUACACAGUUUUGCAGGCUGGUACCAGUACGUACCACUUGCCGUGGGUAACUGAAGGAGACAUCUCAUAAUGCUUUGUCUUCCCUCAAAUUCCUACCGUUAGGCUACUAAAAUUUGCCGUGUGUUUGUCCGAUGGUUGCUGGACGCUGGACGCAGCAUCAGGAAGGAUCGAGAUGCUUGGAACCGGAAGAUAUCCAAGCGGAAGGUACAGUACCACAUCGAUUCGGCACUGGUAGGGAAGUCUGCAAGCUAGUCUCAGCAUCAAGACCCUAUGCGACAGUGUGAAAGGCGAGGAGGAGCCAUAAUAUAGUCGACGAUGGGCUUCUUGGACAGUGACAGCGACGAUUCGAGCGACGAGUCCACUGGCUUUGUCAAGAAAAAGCCAACACCAGCCAAGGCUCCUCCAGCUCCCGCUCCGAAAAAGAAAUCAGUUCUAGAUUCUGAUUCCGAUGACGACGACGAUGAUAGUGAUGACGAGUCUACAGCGCCCAAGAAAAAGGAAGCACCUCCACCGAAACCCGCAGCAGCAGCUGUACCCAAGAAGAAAUCAGUUUUGGACUCGGAUAGUGACGACGAUGAUGACGACUCGGACGAUGAGAGCACGGCUGUGAAAAAGGCUCCAACUGCACCUGCCAAGAAGAAGUCUGUGCUAGAUUCAGAUUCAGAUGAUGAUGAUGAUAGUGAUGAUGAGUCCACGGCACCCAAGAAAAUGGAAGCAGCCCCACCGAAGCCAGCGCCAAAGAAGUCCUCUUUCUUGGACUCUGAUGAUGAAGAAUCGGAUGAGGACUCCGAUGAAAAACCAAAAAGACAGCAGCACCAGAGCCAGCUACAGCACCAAAGAAGAGCUCUUUCUUGGACUCGGAUGAUGAAGACUCGAUGAUGAUUCAGAU